AUGACUUCAAAUCCUUUAGAUAGAUUGGCAGCUUAUUUCAAGCCAUGUACAAGACCAUUUGUACAAGAAGAUUAUAAUAACUUGGAGGAUACUUUUGCUGAAUUACAAAAGCGAAAACUUAAUCCUUUAGAUAAUUUGAGUGCGUUUUUCAAGCCACUCACAAAGAAAUUUGAUGAAUCCGACUAUUAUAACGACGAACUUUUGGCUUCCCAUAACCCUUUUUCUGAUAAAUUAUUUGAAAUUAGCAACGCUGAUAGACCGGAAAAAAGAAAAUCCCUGAUCCCAAUAAAUUCCUCUACGAAAAAAAUAAGAUUCAAUUCUUUUGACGAUGAGGAUAAUCGUUUGCCUUCAUUAUCAACUAAAACUACAUCAAGUGAUACCUCAUCAAGUGAAAGCAGUGACGAUGAUGAAGAAGACAAUGAAUCGUUUCCAUUUUCCGAGUUUUACCAAAAGAUGUUGCAAAGCGAUGACGACGUUGAAUCAAUGUUGACCGAGUUUGAUGAUAGCAUUGUUGAUAAUUUGGAAUCUCUAUCUUUUAUAGAUAAUGAUAAUGCUACUGAACCUUCGCGAAAGAUCAUGGAGUCCAGGUCAACAAAACAAGCCCUUACAGUGGAUGAGGAUGCGGAGAGCCAAACAACCAAGAAGGGCGCAUUUAGGAAUGAAAUUUCCCCAUCAGUAAUGAUUCAACUCGAAAAUAUUAAAAAUAAAGAAAAGGAGGUUGAGUUUCCACAGAUUUCUGAAAAAGUCAAAGUAGAAGGAAAAGGUGAUCCAAAGAUCCCGAAGGCGCCCAUGGCCGGUUUUACUGGCAGACGGGCACAUAAAUUUAUUGACAUGCUUGAUAAUCAAGCAUUUAGGACGCGACAUCGAAAAGUUAUAAUGAAGAGAGUUCGAGGACCGAAUUUAAGUGGUGGAUUAACUAGUUUGCUGUCGUAUGGAUUUAAACCAACCUCUAUGCUUGGAUAA